UUCGAAAUGGUUUCAACUUUAAAGUACAGAUCAGACACUCCAAUAAUUAGUCCGAAGCAAGUGAAAAUUGGCGAAUUAUAGACCAACGCAUCAAUAUCUAAACGUAAAUAACAACGCAUUCUGAUUUCUGAUUUGUGGUUGUAGGCAAAAAGACCGAUCAUAUUUGAACGAAUCAAAAUGGAUGCUGGGUGUGAAUGAACUACUGAAAAACGAGUAGCUUUUGUCGAUUUGUAGCGUGAGCUCGAUGGUCGGAUUGAGAAACUGGUGUCGUGAUUUAUUUAGUAUUAAUUUAAGCAGUGUUUUACUCGCGAGUGCCGUCGAUAACGAAGUGGUCCGAGUACUGUUUUAAUUCAGUAGUCACCGUCUCGAAAAGAAAUGUGUUUAUACAAAUGUUUAGGAGAUCCUCAUAAUCAGCAGGCGAGCGUAGUAGGAUGAGGACUGUGUCGCCAGUGUUGAAUGUCGUGCCUAGCUCGCACCUGGUGCUCUGCGAGCCGCGGAUCCCGACGGUCGGUUCGAUAUGGCGAGUGCGUUCGGAGUAGAGAGUCGCUCGUGUGUCGCAUGAGCGGUCAGAAAUGAAAUGCAUAUACAGGAAGCAACGAACACAACUCUGACAACAUGUUCCAAAAUGACAGAAGAAGUAGACAGAAGACAUGGCGUAAACGGGAACAGCAGUAGCAAGACAGCGAGCGAGGAGAGUCCCGUCGCCACCUCGGCGCACUCGGGCUCGGGCGGCCGACUCAAGUUCUUCAAAGAUGGCAAAUUCAUCUUGGAGUUGGUGCGCGGGUGCGCGCGCGCGGGCGAGCGCUCGGGCUGGGUGUCGGUGCCGCGCAAGACGUUCUGGCCGCCCGCCGCGCCGCACACGCCGCCCACGCCGCCCGCGCCCGGCCCCACCGCCUCGCUCAGCGUCUCCGACGACAACUCCUCCAUCCACUCCUCGCCCUGGCAGCGCGACCACUGCUGGAAGCAGCCCGCCCCGCGCCGCAACCUCUCCAAAGAGCUAGCCAUGUACUAUUGCCGGCCCGCCGCGCUCACCGCGCAGGCGAUCCGCGCCGGCGCUCGAGCGAAGCGUCGCCGGCCUUACGACGCGACGCCGCUCGAGCCGCGGAACGGGCUCUGUCGGAACGGCGCCGUCUCUCCCGGCCGGGACGCCGUCGACGGCGCGCCCGACUCCGCCGCCAAGCCGGCCGACGAGCGGCGGGCGGAUUGCGACCGAGAGAAAUAUUACCAUAUGAAACUCAAAAAACCAUAUCAGUAUCAUAAGUUAAGGGUGUAUAAAAAGACGAAACCGGCGAUCAGGCCCAAGUUGCUCGCCCGCACGAUAGACAAGCUGCGCGAACGCGUCGCGGCGCUGCCGGCGCCCGUCAACGCCAAGCUGGCUUCGUGUCGCCAGGAGCACAUGAUGGUAUCGCCGCGCAAGCGCAUCCUACGCGAACUCGAGCGCGUCAGCUUAGAGGACCAGGGCACGAAGAGGCGCGCCAAGACCGUGCCGGCGCUCAGCACCGCGUCGUACCCGCCGUCGCCGGGCCCGGGGCCCAGCCACGCGCCCGCGCGCGCCGCCGCGCCGCCCGACCGCUCCACCAACGGCACCGCCCGCAAGGAGCCCGUCAGCAAGAACGUGAGCAGCUACAGCAUCCACUCGCUGCUGUCCAUGCCCGACGAGAGCCCCGCCCCGUCGCCGGCGCACUCGUACCCGCCCUCGCUGAAGACGGAGUCGCCGUCGAGCGUGCACUCGCCGGACCUGAGCCCGAGCCCCGACAGCUACCGCUACCGCUACUCGGCGCUGACGCUGGGCUCGCCGACGCCGGGCGCGCCGCGGGACUCGCCGACGCCGCCGGAGCUGGCGCGGUACCGGGGCGCGCCGUACGCGCCGCCCGUGUACGCGGCCGGCCGGCAGUGGGCGUACCGGCGCGAGGAGUGGCGCGAGCUGCAGUACGUGUACGGGUACGGGUACGGCGGCGUGGCGCCGGCCGUGGGCUACCGCGCGCCGCAGGCCCCGCUGUGGAUGCACUACGGCGUGCCGGUCCCGCCGGGGCCCUGGGCGCCGCUGCCGCACCCGCUCAUCAACGACCACAUACCUAAAGAAGAACCUACGUCAGAUUUGCCACUGAACCUGUCAAAGCACUGAGAGGCGCGGGCGCUGCUCGGUUCGGUGCGCUCUGAACAUUACUAUUGUAUAUGUAUUACAAACGCAAUCAAAGACUUUUAGCUUAUUUAAAGUGGCAUAUGAUUAUGCAAUAUCUUUUUAUAUUUUAUGCUAUACAUUAAAGAACAAGUUCGAACAGUAAA